AUGCCGCCCCAACUAUUACCAGCUUCGGCCGCCGCUUUCGCUCCCCGGGCCUCCUCGGUGAACGUCGUGUUGGGUUCCAAGGUCGAGCCAUGGCUGACACAAACUCUCAAACGCAUCAACAAGAUCAAGCGUCCGCUCAACAGCGUGCCCCAACACCAGAGAUGUCUGACCGAAACCUUGUCGUCACCACAUGCCAUCUGGACUCUGGCGUCGCUGAUGCUGCCCAAGGCCCCCGAGUCCGAGUUGAGGAAAGACUCCAACCCGCUCAUCGAGGCCAUAUUUAACUAUCAGCUCAUCCACCUCGAGGCCUACAUCGUCCAUGUCGACAUGGUGCUCCGGAAUGAGGUGGCCUACAAGCUGAUGCCCGAGACGAUCGAGACGCUGAUCGAGUAUCACAAAGACAUCCAUUGUGUCAAUGCCAAUGCCAACACGUACGACUGGUCCGAGAAGGAGCAGCAGUGCAAGAAGCUGCAUGAGGAUUUUGUGCAAGCCAUCAACAAGUUCGUCUUCCGGACCCACGUAUCAGCCCUCGAGGGGCUCGAGGAGGAUGGCGCGGGGGAGCUGCUCGGAGGGAAGAGCGAGGAAGUGAAGAACAGCAUCAUGGGUCUGCUCAAGCCCCUGCUUCCUCCGCCACAAAGGAUUGUCGACGUCGUCCGCCAGCCGCCACUCCUGCCCAGCUCGCCCGCCGGCGCUGCGAUAUGGUCCCAACCACCAACAACGUCGUCGAUGCCCGCGCCCGUCGAAUCGUGGAAGAUUUUGCCGUCGAGCACAAACGUUACCUCGAACGUGGCUUCGACCUCUGCCGAUACAAGCGCGUCAAUCUGGGCUACCAUUGGCAUGAGCGACGUCCAAUUACCGUCUCCUCCGCCCGCCUUCAGCCAGCCGUAUUCGUCUGCCGGGCUGUUUUACAGCUCACCAGUUGUGACGGCUCCCAUUCCGCACCUUCCUUUGCCGAGCAUGCUCGCGCCUCAAUGCGGUGUCAGCGUGGGAUAUAAUUCGUUCGGCAGUUGGGACCGGUAUCAGGAGUACACGCCCACCAUGUGA